GAGAGCUAAUCAUAAGCAAAUGCAUCGCAAUGCCUUCUAGCUGGAUUCAUUUGCUGGGACUGCUGGCCCUGUUUCUUUUCACGAUCUUAUCUUCUGGAGAUGCCUCCCCCUUCGACGAGAGACGCCACAGAGGAUGGAAUCCGCGCCCAGGAUCAAUGCCGCAGAUUCCCACCACACCACCUUUUAAUCCAUACGGAUAAGAUGGACUACAAAGAAAUGUCUAAAAAUGUCACAUAUUGAA